AUGAAAUACAGGGUUUCUCACAGAUUCCCUAUACUCCCUCACCAUACACGUUCCCUUAACCAGAUUCGCUCCUUCACCAAAAGGUUUCAAAAACCUCAAGCUCGCCCUUCUAUCAAUGGGGGAAGUGGAAAUUCUCAAGGGGAUUCUUUUCUUGUACCUGGGGCAACCGUAGCUACCAUACUUAUGCUUGGUGUUCUUCAUGCCCGACGACUGUAUGAUGACAAGAAGACUGAAGAGAUGCGGGAGAAAGGAAUUGAGUUGGAGUUCCAACCUGAUGUAAAGGCUACAUUUUUGAGAUUACUGCCUCUACGUUCAAUUUCUAGAUGUUGGGGAUACUUGACACGCAUGGAAAUUCCAGUGUGGUUAAGGCCAUAUGUCUAUAGAGCUUGGGCUCGGGCAUUCCAUUCAAAUUUAGAAGAAGCUGCUUUACCUCUAGACAAGUAUGCCUCUUUAAGGGAUUUUUUUGUUCGCACUCUGAAAGAAGGUUCCAGGCCUAUCGAUGCUGAUCCACAAUGUCUGGUUAGUCCUGUGGAUGGUACAGUUUUAAGAUUUGGGGAGUUGAAGGGAGCAGGGGCAAUGAUUGAACAAGUGAAAGGGUUUUCAUAUUCUGUUUUUUCCCUUCUUGGUGCAAGCCCUUUCCUUCCAACAACAGCUGAUGAUCAUGUGCAAGAGGAGCAUAGUGAAUCAAUAAAAACUACUGAGAAGUGCAAGAAAUCAUGGUGGAGAGUUUCAUUAUCUUCUCCAAAAGUUUGGGACCCAACUUCAUCAUGUCCAAAGAGAGGCCUUUUUUAUUGUGUGGUUUACUUAAAGCCUGGAGAUUACCACCGGAUACAUUCCCCAGCUGACUGGAACAUUCUUGUACGCAGGCAUUUUUCUGGCAGGCUUUGUCCCAUGAAUGAACGUGCUACAAGAACAAUUAGAAACCUCUAUAUUGAGAACGAGAGGGUUAUUCUUGAAGGUCUAUGGCAGGAAGGAUUUAUGGCACUUGCUGCAAUUGGAGCCACAAAUAUUGGGUCAAUUGAGCUUUCCAUUGAACCCGAACUUCGGACCAACAAGCCAAGGAAGAAGUUUCUACAUUCAGAACCUCCUGAAGAACGGGUUUACGAAUGUGAAGGUGUUGGUAGAGUUCUCAAUAAAGGGGAUGAGAUAGGUGCUUUCAACAUGGGAUCAACAGUUGUUCUUGUUUUCCAAGCUCCAGUUUCAAAACUGCUCAACGAGGGCAAUUCAUCACAAGAGUUCGAGUUCUGCGUCAGUUCUGGGGAUAGAAUUCGUGUUGGUGAGGCUCUAGGGAGGUGGCAUAGUUCGUGACAAGUUGAUUUUGUCUGCGGUUUCAUUAUAUUUGUGAAUAUACGCUGUCUCAGGCUGUUGAGUUUAAAAAAGUAUUUUCCACAUUCUGCUUGGAAAAUCUUUAGCACCUCAUACCCGAAACUAUGAUUAGCAAUUGAUAUUUAAUGGUAUAUGGAUAUUUUGACGA